AUGCAUUACAGUCCAUCGAGUAUGGGAACUUGCUUGUUGGAAAAUGUACUCGACGGUUCGAGGCCCGCGAGAGCGGCGCAGCAUGUUGCUUUCUGUCAGCUCGAUGAAGAUUGGCAUCAAGGUGAUUCUUCAUGGAGACAAUUGCACCCAAGAGAACUUUCAGACGACCUCCCUUCCAUACUCCCCGGGCUUUUGGUAUGCCCUCAAAGCCCACCAGAGUCAACAUCAAGCGGCCCGCGAUUAACUCUUGAGGGUGACAUAUCUGAUGAUUGUUCUCCUUUUCCGGACACUUCCCGUUUAGACAGCCCAAGAAUCAACUCACUUGUACGGCUUCCUAGUCUCGCAGAAUUCGAUCUUGGUAUUGAAGCUCUUGCAAGAUCAUAUGCUCCUGCUUGCCUUGACACACCUCUGUCGCCCCUCCCUGCCUAUGUUCCUCAAGACCACUAUGCUCCUUAUUACAUGAAUGAUGCCUGCAUGCAUGACGUCUCUGGCUUAGACGGUUACCGUAGCCCACCUCCAGAUGGCCAGAACAGGCAUAUCAACCAGAAGUACACCACCGAAGAAGGUGAUUUCAUCAUCUAUGCCUGGUACGACAAGAAGCUGAAGUGGAAGCGUAUUAAGCAAGAUUUCGCCACUAUAUUCGGCAGAACGCCCGAAAGAAUCGUGCAAGGCCUUCAAGGUUGGUGCUACCGCAUGAACCAGAGAAUACCCCUCUGGGAUCAAGAUGGCUGGUUAAUCUUUGACAACGAGGAUGCUUUGGGGCCGAAGCAUAUCAGCAUGAAUUGCAGUGAAAGAGACACCCAAAACAAGCCUAUGAAGCCACCUGGUCUUGUCCAACGCUAUCCCGAACGCGCUCUUCAUUAUUCCUGGGUUGACCCUGAAAUGAAGUGGAGGAGAAUACAUCAAAAAGAACUGGCCAGUUGA